GCCAGUUGUCUGGGGACACCACAGCAGAUCUGAGUGACCACACAGCCUACUCUUCUCUGCACACCAGGUCCAGCCUUCUUUGAAGCAUGAGUUCCCACCAGCAGAAGCAGCCUUGCACCACACCCCCCCAGCUCCAGCAGCAGCAAGUGAAACAGCCCUGCCAACCUCCACCCCAGGAACCACGUAUCCCCCAAACCAAGGAGCCGUGCCACACCAAGGUUCCUGAGCCAUGCCACCCCAAGAUGCCAGAGCCCUGCCACCCGAAGGCUCCUGAGCCAUGCCACCCAAAGGUGCCAGAGCCCUGCCACCCAAAGGCUCCUGAGCCAUGCCACCCAAAGGUGCCAGAGCCCUGCCACCCAAAGGCUCCUGAGCCCUGCCACCCAAAGAUGCCAGAGCCCUGCCACCCAAAGGCUCCUGAGCCAUGCCACCCCAAGGUGCCAGAGCCCUGCCACCCUAAAGUUCCGAAGCCAUGCCCAGAGCCAGCAGUCAUUCCAGCACCAGUUCAACAGACCAAGCAGAAGUAAUGUGGCCCAUGCGCUUGAGGCCACCACCACCGAAUACUGAAUACCCUCUCCCAUUCUGCUUAACUACCCCAUUUGCCUUGCAACUAGCACACAGUCACCCAUAGUCAAAAUCUUCACUCAUCUGUACCCUAAAAAUAUGUGCCAUAAAGCUUUCUUUCUCAAACACUCUGGGCCUCUGAGCUUCUGAAUGAGGCUGACAGUCUUUGUACCUUAGAACUUUAGUUUUCAGCUGCUCAGAAUUCAUCUGAAGAGGAACUUAAGGUGAAAACUGAUGGAUCAGCUCUGUUUUGCCCCCAUUAAAUGCACUUUCAAUUUCA